CAGGGAUUUAAGUGGGUGGCCUCAGAGUCACUGCCCAGCACCAGAAAGCCCUGGGGCUACACCUGCUGAGAGCAUCUGCACAGCUGCAUGAUCAGGUUUUGAAACAUGCAUCCUUUUGACUUCCUAACUGCACUUUGCUUGGGAAUAGUCUCAGCUACUAUAGAGCUUGAUCAAAGUUUAGAUGCACAAUGGAUCCAGUGGAAGGAGACACAUGGAAAACAAUAUGGUGUGGUUGAAGAAUGCAGAAGAGCCGUGUGGGAGAAGAAUAUGAAAAUGAUUAUGCAGCACAAUAGGGAAUACCUUCAAGGGAAACAUAGCUUCUUGAUGGCAAUGAAUGGCUUUGGUGACAUGACCAAUGAAGAAUUCAGGCACAUGAUGAUUGGCCUUAAAAUCCAGAAGAAUGAGAAUGGGACAGUGUUUAAAGUCCCUUUCCCUGCUGGUAUCUCCUUACCUAUGAAUAGGAGACAGACACCUGAUAUUAGUCUUGGUCGGUGUGCUUCUGGCUGGGCUUUUAGUGCAACUGGUGCCAUCGAAGGACAGAUAUUCCGGAAAUACGGCAAACGUGUUUCCUUGAGUGCGCAGAACCUCCUGGACUGCUCUCAGGCUGAAGGCAAUGAGGGCUGCAAUGGUGGUCUAAUGAGUAAUGCCUUCCAGUAUGUUAGGAACAACAGAGGUCUGGACACAGAAGAAUCCUAUCCAUAUGUUGCAAGAGAUGGACCCUGCAAAUACAGGCCUGAGUAUUCUGCUGCCAAUGUCACUGCCUUUCAGACAAUUCCUCGGCGGGAGGAGGCGCUCUUGGUGGCGAUGAAAAACAUGGGAUCCAUCUCUGCUGCUAUAGAUGCAAGCCUGGAUACCUUCCGCUUCUAUAAAGGAGGCAUUUAUUAUGAUCCAAAGUGCAGCAGUGAAGACCUGAAUCACGGGGUUCUGGUGGUUGGCUUUGGCUUUCAAGGAAAAGAAUCCGAUAACCAAAAAUAUUGGUUUGUCAAGAACAGCUGGGGCACUGACUGGGGCAUGGGUGGCUACAUAAAAAUGGCCAGAGACCGGAAUAACAACUGUGGAAUCGCAACCAGGGCCAGCUUUCCUAUCGUGUGAGAUGAUGGUGAUGAAGAAGGCCUUGACUGAUAACAGAAUAUCCAGGAAAUGUAUUUUAUUCUAAAGUUGAUCACAUCUUAUUUUGUGGGGUAAAACACUUGAAUCACUGGAGAUCCAAGUUGUGACAAAUUCUGUUAGUGUUUACGCUGGUGACGAAACUACUUCUUUAAUCCCUGCUCUAAUCAACAGUGUGUGAUUAAGUUGCUUAAUAACUUUUGAAUGUUCAUGUUUUAAUUUUUUAAAAUUUAUUUUUGAAAGAGAGACAGGCAUACAGGGUGUGAGUGGGGGAGACCAGAGAGGGAGACACAGAA